CCUCCCCCACGCAGGGGCGGGGCUUAAAGCCAGAGGGGCGGGGCAUCGGCGGAGGGGGCGUGUCCGGACCGCUGUGGGCGGGGUCUGCGCCAUGCCGAAGCGCGGGAAGAAGAAGGAGGAGAGCGGCAGCGGGGACGAGGCCGGGCCCGGCCCUGCCAAGGUGGCCAAGGCGCCGCCGGCCCCGCUGUACGAGGACCCGCCCACCCGCGAGGCCACGCCCGAGGGCCGGCGCUGGACGCUCAAGGUCUCCUCCUGGAACGUGGACGGGCUGCGGGCCUGGGUGCGCAAGGGCGGGGCCCAGUGGGUGCAGGAGGAGGCCCCGGACGUGCUGUGCCUGCAGGAGACCAAAUGCGCCGUCUCGGCCGUGCCCGCCGAGAUCCGGGCGCUGCCGGGGCUCCCGCACCAGUUCUGGUCCAGCGCCAAGGACCGGCCGGGCUACAGCGGCGUGGGGCUGCUGGCCAAGACUGAGCCCCUCAACGUCACCUACGGCAUCGGCGACCCCGAGCACGACGUCGACGGUCGCGUGGUGACGGCCGAGUUCCCGUCGCUCUUCGUGGUGUCGGCCUACGUGCCCAACGCGGGCCGGGGCCUGGUGCGGCUGGAGCCGCGGCUGCGCUUCGACGCCGCCUUCCUGUCCUUCCUGCGGCGCCUGGACGAGCGCAAGCCGGUGCUGCUGUGCGGCGACCUCAACGUGGCGCACUGCGAGAUCGACCUGUGCCACCCCCGCGUCAACCGCGCCAACCCCGGCUUCACGCCGCAGGAGCGCGAGGGCUUCUCCCGCCUGCUGGCCGCCGGCUUCGUCGACUCCUUCCGCCACCUGUACCCCGAGGCGCGCGGCGCCUUCACCUUCUGGACCUACCUGGGCGGCGCGCGGGCCCGCAACGUGGGCUGGCGGCUGGACUACGCCGUGCUGUCGCGGCGGCUGCUGGGCGCGCUGUGCGACUGCAAGAUCCGCAGCACCGUGCCGGGCAGUGACCACUGCCCCAUCACCGCCCUGCUGGCCGUCUAGGGCCCCGCGGCCGCCCCUGAUCCCCCCGGGGAGAUCCGGCGCCGGCACGGCCCAGGCGGCGCCGCCCGCUUUUAAUGGGAGGUGAGUCGGCCUCGUGUUGGCGCAAAUUGGCCCCAAAUAGGUUCGGAAAGAAUCAGAGUUCAAAAAGUUCAAGUUGGGCCCCAAAAAACCGUUUUGAAAUCGGCCCAGAAUUGGCUUAAAUUCAACCAAAACGAUCCAAAGUUGUCUGUUGGUGGCGCCACCCGGGCUUUAGAUUAGAUGCUGGCCCAAAAUGUCCCAAAAUUGACUCGAAAUACAGUUUUGAUGAUGUCAUCAAGACCCAGAUGGCAUCUCACUCUCCGUUUUAUCCCAAUUCCCCCAAAACUGCCCAAAUUUGGGCCUCUCAGGUGCUGCUGUCGCUGCUCGGUCACAAAACUUCCCCAAGCAGCCCCAAAUCCCCACCCCUCCCCCACCCCAAAGGCCCCGCCCCCUCCGCCCCACCCCCCGGGACUG